AUUAUUUAUAUACACAUUAUUGCAACCGUCAAUCAAUUCUAAUCUUGAUUGUUCAACUCAGCAGUCGUCAAUAUACAAUGCAGUUUAAAAUUUUUAUUACGUUUGCUCUAAUUUUUACAUAUUUAGAGGUUUCAAAAUCUUACGAUUUAAGCGUUGGGAACCCAUUGAAGAACAAGUUGCACACUAAUAAGACAGUUUUGCUUCCAGCUAUUGCGGGGGUCGUGAGAAGUGAAAUAAUCGAUGUAAGACCACAGAGGCCAAUAAAGGCUAUAAAAGCAAUAGAUUUAAACAAAUCGAGUGUUCGACCAAAUAUAACUUUGGGAGGACUUGGAUACAAUUUCGUUUCUAUAAAACUGAAAAGUGACCGCGGAAAGAGUCUCAAAUAUAGAGUUGAAGUGUAUGUAUAGUAAAAUUUCCUUACGAAGGGACCUGAUGCAUCUUUAAAUAUCACUUGUAAUACUAAUAAUAACAAAGAUAUGAUGUGAUGUGAUAAGUAAACGAAUAUGUUGAACUA